GCGCCGCCAAUUUGGAUUGUUGUUUCUUCAAAUCGUGGUCAGACGAUACUCAAGUUUGUUUUUUCACAGACAAGGAGACCAUGGUGAUCUUAUUCCAGGCAAAGUCUAGCUACCACUGAGGACCACUCAAAGUAUACCUCCCAAGUCCAAGUCUGCUGCCAUCAGUAACCUCUAUGGUGGGAAAGGCUUGAGAACAAACUACUUUUCUACACAAGAAAGGUGGUUGACACAAAAACACUUGGAAAGAAGAAGUGACGGGAUUGAGAAAGAACAAACCGCGAUACUUAAAAUUCAGCAGACCAAAGGGGAGGAGUGGACAGGAGUGUGGAGAGAGGUGUUGGGGAUGGGGCUGAAAAGCCAAAAGAGGACGUCAUGGUUCACAGCGACUCUGCUUCCCCAAUGAAAACACCACUAUCAGUAUCACCUCAUUUAACGACUUCUGCUACAGCACCUCCCCUCGUGCCUCCCCCUUCAGAUACUACUGGUCAGGAUCUAACCAAGACCCCGGCAAAACUCCUCACUUCAGACAUUACCUCCAACGCAGACUUGACCCAGCCCUCUACACAGACUCUUGCUGAUGCUGAGCCCCCCGUUUUAACCCCAGGAAAAGCACUUACAGCUAACUCAAGUCCAGCAUCAGGCUGGACCACCUCAGAGACAACAACCCCUGCUCAGGCCACAGCCAAUGGACGCACAUCAGGCAGAAAGAGGACUCCUAAGGCUUGUGACUGCUGUGGCCCAAACAGUACUGGUCACAAUGUCAAAACCCCAGUCAGAGGAAGGGGAAGGGGGAGAGGGAGAGGGCGGGGCUUUGGUAGGGACUUUUUGGACACCCCUACAAGGAAAACUGGGGGCCAGUUGACACGCAUCAAGAGCUUUGAUUUGACCAAGGACAUGGUAGAGGAGGAAAAGGAUGACAUGUAUGAGUAUGAGUAUACUCAGUCACAACCCCCUGUUGCCCUGCCUGUCGAUGUCUCCCUGCCGAAUGGACCAAUAAGGAACUGUGUUGCUCCAGAGAAAGGGGCCAUGCAGAAAAAUGAGGACAUGUCGAUAGAGGGUUCAGGGGAUGCUGGCACAGGAGUGAAAGAAAGUGGGGACGGCAGCGAUGUGGAGAUGAGGUUGCCGGGAACGGCAGGCAGGAAAUGGUCAGCGGUUAGAGGCAGAGGAGGCAGGGGUAAGAUGGGAGCUACGUUUGCGUCGAAAAUGGAAGUAGAAGUCGGAAUGAAGACGGGCUCUGUAGGUGGUGUUGUCGGUUCUAAGACGGAUGCCUUAACUGAAUCAGUGUUAGCGCAGGUGCACGAGGAAAACAAGGAUGCAGAGAUGGAGCAUGAAGAGCAGACAGACUCCAUUUCGAUUAAAUCUCCGUUAGGAAACGGAGAUACGAUAAACCUGUCUGAAACAGAACUUGAAGGGGAGGACAGCAUGAACUUGACUAAACCAGAAAAUGGAAUACUCUCCAUUUCAGGGCAGUCAGGUUCUGCUUCAAGCCCAGGAACUCCCCAGGACCUCGACUCUGUGAUGCAGGUGGACGAGACUCCUGACAGAACAGACUCGGCGUCCUUACCGGAAACUCUUUCCAACGGAAACGCCACCACACCAACAGACCAUGACCACAGACCCACACCGACGGAGAUGGAAACUCUUUCUUCUCCAAACCAGUGUCCGGUUUCAGUGUGCAGCAUGCAGCACAGCUGGGCAUUAAAAGAUCACAGGCUGUACUGUGCGCCAGGGACCUGGGAGAAAAAGCAGGUGGAAGAAGAGUCGGGUACAGAUCAGUCAAAGGAAACACACAGAGGAGAGAUGGAUGGAAAGAAGCUGAAUAAUGAAAGCCUGGAGCAGCUUACUGAUAUGGUCCACGAAUUUCUGGAGAGCUUCUAUAUAAAAUAUGGCAGUUUCAUUCCUCUGAGUGAGACAGAUGUCCUGGAGUACCUGAAGAAGAACGGCAACUGUGACCUCAGCAACAAGGGACUAAACAUCAAAGGGGAGAUGACUCGGUACAGGGCAGGGCUGGCCUCUGCUCCUAUUUCGGGCUUCAUGGUGAUGUAUAACAAACACACACUGAGCCUGGAGGACCUUAGCACACUGGAGGAACAGAACUGGCUUAAUGACCAGAUUAUCAACAUGUAUGGAGAACUAAUUAUGGAGGCAACAGAGCACAAGGUUCAUUUUUUCAACAGUUUUUUCCACAAGCAGCUGGUUGCCAAGGGUUAUGAUGGUGUGAAAAGAUGGACUAAAAAAGUCGAUCUGUUCUCCAAGUGGCUGUUGCUAAUUCCCAUCCAUUUAGAAAUCCACUGGUCUCUCGUCACAGUCACUAUGGCAACCAAAACCAUCAAUUACUACGACAGCCAAGGCAUUGUCUUCAGACACACAACAGAUAACAUUAUGAAGUACCUUCAGUCUGAAGCUCGAGAGAAGAAGCAAACAGCUUUCCAGAAAGGCUGGAAGAUCACUAUCAUCAAGGGUAUUCCUCAGCAGAAAAAUGACAGCGACUGUGGAGUUUUUGUCCUCGAGUACUGCCGACGUCUCUCGGUGAAGCAGCCUCUGCAGUUCAGUCAGGAGGACAUGCCUCGCAUCCGCAAGAGACUCUACAAGGAGCUGUGUGACUGUCGCCUCAACGACUGAAUUACUGAAUAACAGCCACCUUUACUCACUCACUGCUUACCUGGUUACAUGAGACGGUCUGUAUAAACCUGUCAGAUGACCUGUUUUAUUGACAGCCUGUUUCACUAGCUAACUCACAACCUGACUGUUUUGCAGGCAGUCACAACUGCCUGUGUGACUGACAGCAGUGGCAGGUCACUUUUGAGUUUUUGUGACUGAGUUCAAUAACUGUCUACUUCAGCAGAUUUUUACUUGCAAACUUGGAAAGAACUACUGACAUGGCCCCCUACUGACAGCCCAAAAUGCUGGACCCGUACACUUCAGGUUGCUUUUGCUUUCUACGUUCAGCAUCCCCAGCGGAUUUCAACCAAACAGCCAGUUUUAAGGACAUGGGAGCUCUUACUUGGACUUAUAAUGCAGGCGUUGGACCAGCUCGGACCAAUGCGGUGGACUUUUCUUUCCAAAUGGAGUGGCCUUACAUCCCGGAUGGCCAUUUUAAACUAAGUGACAUUUUUAACUGUUUAUUUUAUGCUGAACUUAGCAACAGUGUCAUGCUUACAGUUACAGUUGUUUUUAACAUGUUAUAAAGCUAGGAAGUGCGAUUCAGUGGACCAACUGUUCACUUAAAACUUGAAGGUUUGAGUUGGUUUUGUUCUCUUGGACUACAAACAUUUGCACGGUUAGAGGCCUACCCAUCGAAGACUUCAGAUUAUCAACUGAAUGUACUGAUGACGUCUUCUUCCAGGCUGCCUCGCAGGGUGGUGACUUAACACCGUACAGGCUAAUGGCGCAUUUUGGCUGUGGCUUGAAACAGGGAUAUAAUUUUGCAAGUUAGUUUUUGUUUAUUCUUUGAGUGUCAGGUUUUUGUCAACUUACUCCAAAUAAUUUCUUUCUCAAAUUCCAGUUUUCCCACCACAUUAUCCCCUGCAUUUAUUUUGUUUUGCUGUGAUCACAUCCUUAUUGUAGGUUUUGCACAAGCAUUUUUCCCCAUUUUUUUUUUAGCUAUAAGCCAUUGUUUGAUAACAGUUUGUUUGACUCCAUCAGUUUGUCAUGCUGGUUUUUAAAUUUCAUGUUAAGCUGUACAGCUAGCUGCUGAUGGGAGGACCACAGUUUUGAUUUUAACCAACCUUACACUGUCAAACUUCUUCAUAUAGAAGCAUUAACAGAAGCAGAAAGACUUGGUUAUAGUCUUGAUGUUGAAACAAGUGGACCUCACUUAUUUUUUUGAAAUCUUCUGUCCAGCCUGGAUUUUGUUGUUAUAUUACCUUAUAUGUAUUUACAUACUGUAUUGUACUUUUACUGGCCAACUACUGUACAUGCUUGCUUUGGCUAAAAACCACAGUGGUUUAUUGACUGUUUUUAUUGUUAUUAAAAGGCCAAUACU